CCCAAAAUAACCAAAAUAAUUGCAGGCACUGAGCUAUUAUUUCUUAAUCCUCAUCAAGCUAUGGCACCAACAAGGUCUAUGAUGAUGGAUAGCCCCUCAGAUCUAAAUGAAUUUGUUAUGAUCCAAGGAAAUGGAGUAAAGGGUCUCUAUGAAAUGGGCCUAAAAACCCUUCCAAAACAAUACAUCCAACCACUAGAGGAGAGAAUGAGCAUGAUGACCAAUAAAGUUGUGCCUCAAGAAUCAAUUCCCAUAAUUGACAUGUCCAAUAAUAAUAAUAAUUGUGAUGUGGAAGAUGCAAUUUGUGAUGCAGCUGAAAAAUGGGGAUUCUUUCAAGUAAUCAACCAUGGUGUCCCCACACAAGUUCUUGAGAAUGUGAAGGAUGCAACUUAUAGAUUCUAUGAGUUGGCAGCAGAGGAGAAAGUGAAGUACACAAAAGAGAAUUCACCAACUAAGCAUGUGAGGUAUGGAUCAAGCUUUAGCCCUCAAGCUGAGAAGGCUUUGGAGUGGAAAGAUUAUCUUAGUCUCUUCUAUGUUUCUGAGGAUGAGGCUAUAGCUACAUGGCCUUAUGCAUGCAGGAAUGAAGCACUAGAAUACAUGAAGAAAUCCGAAGCUUUAAUCAAACGGCUUCUAAAUAUUUUGAUGAAGAGACUAAACGUGAAGGAAAUUGAUGAAACAAAAGAAGCAGUCUUAAUGGGUUCAAAGAGGAUCAACCUCAAUUACUAUCCAGUUUGCCCUAACCAUGACCUAACCGUCGCAAUAGGGCGCCAUUCGGACGUCUCAACUCUAACCAUUCUCCUUCAGGACCAAACCGGCGGUCUAUUUGUUCGGACCGAGGAUCGGCGUGGAUGGAUCCAUGUGCCGCCGAUCCCCGGAGCCCUAGUGAUCAACAUUGGUGAUGCACUACAAAUAAUGAGCAAUGGUAGAUACAAGAGCAUUGAGCAUAGAGUUACAGCCAAUGGGAGCAAGACUAGGGUUUCUGUGCCAAUUUUUGUAAACCCUAGACCUUCAGAUGUUAUUGGCCCUUUUCUUGAAGUUCUUGCUAGUGAUGGGGAGAAGGCAAAGUACAAAAAUGUUUUGUAUUCAGAUUAUGUGAAACAUUUCUUUAGGAAAGCUCAUGAUGGAAAGAUGACAAUUGAAUAUGCUAAAAUAACUUGAAUAUGUUAGGUAUUAAUAGGAGAUAAAAGUGGAUUGGGCUAUUCGACAGAGA